AUCCUUCCUCUUCGCCGCCAUGGAUUUCCUCGUGAAGCUCCAAAACAAAGUACCUCAGAAGCAGAGACAAUUCCAAAAUGACCCAAGACCAAUCUAUUGGCGUUCUCCACGCGCUAAGCUUUACAACAACUUGUGGUUCACUGGCUUGGCCGUUGGGCUUGGUGGAGUUGCGUGGGGUGCCGUUCAGAUGAUCAAGGGACUCUCCCCAGGCCUCCAACGCGCCCGCGCACCCUUCCGCACCCGUAACGCAAUAACAGGCCUCACAAUCGGCGCGUUCGUCGUUGGCGUAUGGGCGUACUCCAUUAGCGCUGUUAAACAGGAUACGUUUGAAGACUUGGAUGAGGAGGCGAAAGAGUUGUUAGCUGCGAGGAUGAAGGAUGAGAGGAUUAGGAAUAGUACUGGUAGUGGGACGACGGCUACGGGGAUGGGGACGGUAGCGCAGGGUUCGGGUUCGAGUUUGGCGGCGCCUUCAUCGCCUUCGUCGACGAGUUCGUCAACAAGUGUUACAGCGAGCGUGAAAGGCGACGUGGAGAAAUUGACUUCACCUUCAAGUCCGAGCACGACUGUACCAGCUGGCGACAAGUCUCCCCGAGGCGUACUGGCAGCCCACCUUCAUCGACAUUUCCCUCAAGUUUUGGACCCUGCUUCAAGAAGUCUAGUAUGGGGCGCACCUCCUGUAGAUCGGAUAGGUCGGCUGGGAGACAAAAACGACAGACCAUCAUAAUCAGAGAGUCAUUAUUAUAUUUCACGAGAU